GGACGUCAGGAGAGCAGCAGCUCCUCCGCCCUGUGCACGCUGCCCUCAGUUGUCCAGGCUGCUCCAGAAAGUGUGCACGUGCUGCAGAUGAAACUUGAAGAAGCUGCAAAGACUUUGGAGUAAAACUAUUUUCAUCGAGGCUCAGCGGACGGAUCUGAACUCACCGGGACUAAACAUGAACACCAUGAAGGUGUUGGCUCUGCCCCUCCUCAUCACUUUGAUGCACAGUCCUCUCUUUCUGUCAGUGACGGUCAGCAGCAGCAAACCCAAAGUGGAGGUCCACGAACACACAGAUGCUGUGCUGGCCUGUGAGUUCAGGACGGAGAAAGAUCAGAACCCCAGAAUCGAGUGGAAGAAAAAGGGAAUGGGGGUGACGUUUGUGUAUUUUAAUCACAAAUUCACUGGCCAGUAUGCCAGCAGGGCGAAGAUGGAGGGAGCGACGCUGACGUUUCACUCGGUUUCUCAGAAAGACUCGGGGGAGUAUCGCUGCGAGGUGACGGCCAGUGAGGACCACGUGAGCCUGGGAGAAGCUACUGUGACGCUCAAUGUGCUCGUGCCUCCUCACGUCCCGUCCUGCGAAGUGCCCAGCUCGGUGUUCGUGGGCUCCGGGCUAGAGCUUCAGUGUAAAGACAAACUCAGCGUUCCCCCGGCCACUUACCGCUGGUACAAAGACAACAAGGCCCUGACCCCCUCAGCAGAGACGCAGUACAGCGCCGACACCAGCAAGGGCACACUCGAGUUUAGGAGUGUGACCAAAAUAGACGCAGGGAUGUACCGCUGUGAGUCCUCCAACAGCGUGGGAGCGCCCAAGAGCUGCGUGGCCCAACAUCUCAAAGUCAUUGAUUAUCCUUUGAAUACGACGGUUUUGAUAGCAGGUGCUGCAGCGUUCCUGGCGCUCGUCCUCUUCUGCUGCAUCUGUGUGUGUGUCUGCAGGCGCCGAGGCUGCUGCAAGAAGGAGAAGAAAAUGAAAAGCAACAAAUCCUACAACCCUCCUCCUCCGCCUCCCAUCCGCAACAUCAAGCACUACAAACAAGCUCACUCCUUCAUGAUCUAAGAGCGAAACACUUUGACUUCAAACCAUCCAGAAUAUAAAGUGUGUACUUCUUCAUAAACACACAGGAAAGUUACUCGAACUCGCCUUGCUUUUGGCAUGUUUGGCAUGUUUCCAAGAUUUAAUGUUCAUAAACGUCUUUAUCUUUCUCAUACUGCCCGUCGGCAGUAUGAGAAAGAUAAAGACGUUUAUGAACAUUAAAUCUUGGAAACAUGCCAAAGUAGGGGCACACAAUACAAAUAUGAACCUGAAAAUUAGAAUAACAAAGCCCCUUUAAGCAAAAGCUAAGAUUUAAACAAGAUUUUCUACUCUUUGUAUAGCCGCUUUCACACCAAUUACUUUGCCGUACUUAGUGCCCAGCACUUAGUACCCCCAUGGAACUAAGUACAG